CGCGGAACCAGGCACAUAUAUGCAUCGGUCAAAAUUGCCACACCUCAUUAGCAAAACAAGAUGAACACCAGAUUCAUAAAAGUAUUUACUUCAAUGGUAGCAGGUGAUUUUAAUGCUCAAGUGGGUAGCCUAAACCAAACAGAAAGGAAUUUAAGUGGGUAUUUUGGUAUUCAGGCUCAGCAAACAGAUAUUGGUGACCAUCUACUGCAACUGUGCUCAGACAAUCGCCCAUUUCUAACAAGCACCGCCUUUAAGCAUAAGGAGAGACAUUGUCUGCCCUCAGUUCAGACGUUGAAUACAAUGGGCGGAACAUUUCAAGGAGCAGUUCAGCUGACCUUCAGCGACUCACCAUUUCCAAACAGCCUGAACAGAACAUUGAAAUAGUCCCUUCGACUUUAACUGAAGUUCAGAAAGCUGUAGCUGAUCUGGAACAAAGAAGAGCAGCUGGUCCAGAUGAAUUAACUACAGAAGUCUUUAAGGUAUGGUGAUCCAGUUUCAGCGAUUGGGUUGACUAAUAUUUUAGCUAAAA